AAUGACUCCUGCGACAGCCACUGACAAGUUAUUCCCAAUCACUACGUUUAUAUCAGACCUACCGAGUAAUCUCAUUCCGCAGCUCCCAUCAUCAUCUCCUGAACAUGGACCUGGGCCUGCCACUCGACGCUUAGUUAUUGUAGGAGAUGUACAUGGGAUGAAAAGGUCUCUGGAGGCACUUUUGGACAAGGUCAGCUUCGACAAAGGCAGAGGGGAUCAUCUCAUACUGGUUGGUGAUCUGGUCAACAAAGGGCCCGAUAGCCCAGGUGUCAUUGAUCUGGUCAUUGAGCUUGGCGCCAGCGCAGUGAGAGGUAAUCACGACAAUGCAGUUCUGGAUGCUACCAUGGAAAUCAACGCACGAGAGGAUAGCCCAGUGCACGCCGGAGGCUUAUCCAGCCCUCCUGCCAAGCUGUCUGGGAACCCAGGAGCUUAUUUAUUGAGCAAUGCUGUCCCUUCUGGUAGCCCCGAAGAAAACACAUCUGCCACUACCAGAAUUUCCAUGAGACAUAGCGCAGGAACGUACAGCACGGCCAAUGCACUCUCGACAUGCCACCUCAACUGGCUCGCCUCUCUACCAUUGAUCUUGCGCAUCAAGUUACCUCAUCAUCCAACAUCAUCUAUAGGCGACACUCUGGUUGUCGUACAUGCCGGCCUCACUCCCGGUAUUCCUCUUGAGGACCAGGAUCCCCAUGCUGUCAUGCAUAUGCGCAGCCUCCUCCGCGCGCCGAGCGUCGAAGAUUCCUUCAUACCAACUGAAGAAACCGGCGAGGAAGGUUGGGCUGCCGAAUGGGACCGGUGGCAGGAGAAACUGGCAGCCCGGACUACGGUGAUUUUCGGGCACGAUGCCAAGCGUCGUCUGCAGCUGGGCAGGUAUUCAAUCGGACUGGAUUCCGCAUGUUUAUACGGUCAUCAGUUGAGUGCGUUAGUGAUUGAGAUGACCGAAAGGGGAUUUGAACAUCAGGUUGUGCAGGUAGACUGUGCUGAUGUCCCUGUGGCCCCAAAAGCAGAGGCCGUGGCCGUAUGACUGCACUGGGCUCCUUGAUGCAACUAAGCUAGUUACCGAAUUCCUAUUUUUUCUUGCGAACAAAAGGCUAAGCGAUAAAACAAUCUAUGUGCUUAGUUCCUUCAGACCGAAUCAGCCUUCAACAGCUUGACGCCUCCUUCGCAUGUCUCUGUUCGCUACCUUUCUAUUACCCACAGUGAAGACACUAAUAUUACCCUCGCAUUUUUUGCGGCCGUGUUCUGUGCCAUUCUUAAACAUUGUUUAAUCUUUUUGAACCUGAAGGAUGCCUUCGUCCGAAUUCAAGGAAUUCUUAAGGGGCUCAUCAUGAACAAAACCCGACAGCCAGG